GCGCGCGUCUGUGCAGUAACUACCCCGUAGAGCGCCGCAACCGUCGUCGCCCGGCUGUCAGGUGUUGUGUACCAGCACGCGUGUUUGUACACAUAUAACAUAUUAUAAAAGUAUACAGUCCGCGCGCUGCAACUAUUUUAGUCAAAAGGCCGGCGUGUAUGUGUCGCAGUACGCGGCCCCGGACCUUUGCAGUUAACUACAUGCCAUCGUCACUGCUACCGCCGUUUUUCGGCGCGAAUUCGGCAAACGAGAUAACGUACCCCUCUCGGCAUCGAGCCGUCUUACAGCUACUCGUGAUGACACGGCUAUGAAAAAUGUCUAAGAAAUUCCGACGAUUCUACGAGACCGCGUUCGAUUCAAAAAUCAGCAAGUCGGACGAAGACCUGCUAUCGGCCGAAAAACAAGAUUCGGCCAUCGCUCACCGGCUGUCUAACCAGUUGCAGUUGUCGGCCAGCGCGAAUUCUGUCCGGCAAUACGACGACGAGGACGAUGAUGACGCUACCACCGCCACCACCGCAAAUGUCGUUCGCGCCUCGACGUCCUGCAGGAUGCAAUGCAAGAACCGGUUGUUGGGGUUCCUGUUGCGGAAGAGACGCAGUGGCAGCGGCCGGAGUGGAGGUAGCGGCGGCGGCAGUGGCGGUGGCGGCAGUCGACAGUUUAACAGUGUUUACAAGUACCGAAGCUCGGACAGCGUGGUGACUAGCAGCAGUCUAAGUCUGGAGUCGAUCACUAGCGAUUCGUUGAGCUCGCACAGUUCUGAGUCACCGUGUUAUAAGCGAUUUCCAGUACCACACGUCUUGUCGCCGAUCUCGGACAAGUCGUCGCAGGAUGCCGGCGCAGAGUUUUUGGAAUAUGAACGUAGGAGGUCAUCCACGGCUGGCUCCGCGACCCCCGUUGUCGUUGCGUGUGCCAAUGCCCUUGAAAGUGCCACCGCGAUGGCCACGCCAGUCAAGACCAAACCACCGCAAUCGUUGGGCCUGAUCAAGCUCAACAGCGACCAUAUGCAGCAUCACGGUUCCGAUAGUGGCAUAUCCGUAGGAUCAAAACCAGGUGACAGCUAUCAGGAGCUGUUGGAUGUGCCGUUUGACAUGCCAAAGCUCAGGCGCAGACAGAGAUCCGAAGAGGGCUCGACUACGGUGUCGUCGUCGGAUUGCACGGGACAUUCAGUACUAGCACCGCCACAACUGCAGGGACUUCCGUUCGACAUGCCGAAAUUGAGGAGGAGACAGACUAAUGCUGGAUGUGGUCCUGGUGGUUCCGUGUUACCAUUCGACAUGCCGAAGCUUAGAAAGAGGCAGAUGGACAGCUGUGCGAGAGUUAUAUCGUUAGACUUUGAGAUUGGCAGUGACGAGUACGCUUACAGUGCUCAUUCCGGUGUCAGUCAUGCGGCUGACAGGUCUAAAAGCGAACAGCUUGAAGAGCUUCCGUUUGACAUACCGAAAUUAAAAAAGAUUAAUUUACACAAUGAGAAUGAAAAAAAACCAGAUAGGAGUACCUUGUUCCUCAAUGUAAUACCCAACAAUAGUGCUGCUGUCAACGAAAACAAUAAGCUACUGUCGAAAACCUUCCAAAACAAAAAUCAACCAAACCGUCCAACAUUAAGUUUAUCCAGUAUAAAGCCUUUAAAUUAUGUAGAAGACAUUGACGUUUCUUUACCUUUAGAUCAGCAAUGUUGGUAUCAUGGACCUAUGAACAGACUUGAAGCUGAAAAAGCUUUGCAUGGUCAAGAUGAAGGAACCUAUUUAGUAAGAGGGAACAAGGGAUCAUAUGCGUUAUCAAUUAAGAGUGCUAAAGGUUUUAUUCACAUGAGAAUAACUCAAUCUGGAGAAAGAAAUUAUUUGGGCCAAUCGGAUAGACCUUUUGAAACUAUACCUGAUCUCAUUAAACAUUAUACACUGAACAAGCUUCCAGCCAAAGGAGCCGAGCAUGUAGGUCUAAUUAGACCUUUAGCCCACCAAAUCCAAAUGUUGUAAUCAUCUGACCAUUUAAUUAAAAAUGUUAUUUUCCUUCCAUUUUAAAGUAUAAAUUAAAACUGUGAUAGAAAAUAAGCACAUAUUAUACGCCAUUUUUAUUAUUAUAACUAUUAUUGUUUAUGUUUUUAAAUAAUACCAUAUCGAAAUUAAGUGCAAUAUAGAGUUUAGUAAUGUAUUACCUUUAUAAGUGUUUGUGUUCGUAUUAUAAUAAUAUAAAGUAAUUUUAUGCAAUUCAAAUGUAAUAUACGUACUUGGACGUAAUUUAAUUUUGUAUACCUAUAAUAUUAAUAUACUUACUUCAAAUUAUAAUUAGAAUAUUUUACACUGAUGUAGUAUAGAAAUAUAUUUUUGAAAAACAAACUAA